AUCAUGUCGGCGACACAUGAUAUAGCAUAUGAGGAGAAGCAGGUGUAUGAUGCUACCGUCCAUGAUGUACCCAGCGAUGGUGCUUCCUCCAUUGACACCAUUACUGCUUUGGUGAACGAAGGUAUGAUAUCUCGACUCCCCGAUCUGACCUCUACCCUCAUAGCCUCUCGAGCCAAUUCACUAACAAUGUCUGCCUCGCANGACCACACCCAUGAAAUCAAACUCCGUACCAUGAGUUGGCAGAAGUGCGCGGCUCUACUUUGCGGUGAUCAGGUUUGCCUGGCAAUCAUGGCACAAUCUUGGUCUCUGUCUGUUCUCGGCUGGGUUCCUGGUAUCAUCACCAUGCUGGUCUCUGGAGUUCUGUUCUACAUCACCUCGCUCACGAUGCACAAAUUCAUCAUGAAGAACCCUUCGAUCCGCGACAUUUGCGAUUUUGGAUACUUUGCGUUUGGAAAGAGUCGUCUGGCCUACGAGUUCACAGGAUUUAUGUUACUCGCCAACAACAUCCUCCUCAUCGGCUUCCACGUCCUCACCGGCGCAAAGAUCCUCAACACACUCAGCGACCACAGCAUGUGUACCGUAAUCUUUUCGGUAAUCGUCACCAUCAUGGGAGUGGUGAUGAGUGUACCCAGAACGCUGAAUCAUGUUUCGUUCAUGAGCAUGUUUAGUGCUGCAUGCAUGGGAAUUGCCAUUUUGCUGUUCCUCGUGUUUGCGGGUAUCGAAGAGGCGCCUGGGUAUGGGUACAAUGGUGUUUAUCCCAAGGCUGGUGCUGUAAAGACUUAUGCUUUCCCACCGGCGGGGACUACGUGGGUUGCUUGUAUGAAUGCGGUACUUAACAUCACUUUCCUUUGGGUACCGCAAAUCCUCUUCCCGAGUUUCAUCGCCGAAAUGGAAAGACCGCAAGAUUUCCCCAAGGCCCUGGCUGUUCUGGCAGGCAUCUCUGGAUUCCUCUUCAUCGUCCCUCCAGCCAUUGGAUUCAGAUAUCUCGGACAAUACGCUACCGCACCUGCAUUCGGAAGUCUGGGCGUGGUGGCUUACAAGAAGGCUUCGUUUGCCUUUGUCAUUGUGCCUACACUGGUCAUUGGAGUCAUCUACGCCAACGUCUCUGCCAAAUUCGUCUACCACCGCAUCAUGGGCAAGUCUCGCCAUGCCCACUCCAACACCGUCAUCGGUUGGGGAGUCUGGGUCGCCGUCAUGGCAGGAAUCUGGCUCGUUGCCUUUAUCUUUUCCGAGAUUGUGCCUAGCAUGGGAGACUUUUUGUCUUUGCUUGGUGCUGCGUUUGACUCGUUUUUCGGAUUCAUCUUUUUCGCUGUGGCGUACUGGCAGAUGUACAGCGGUAAGCUGUUCAGCAAUGCGUCGAGGAGCGUCAUGACCGUUACUCAUGUGUUUAUCAUGAUUUGUGGGUUGUUCUUGUUGGGACCUGGGCUGUAUGCCGCUGUCGAGGCCAUCAUUUCUGAUUACUCGAGUGGCACUCGUCCUGCCUUUGCCUGUGCAAACUUGUCGAUUUGA